AUGUCGACCACCACCACUACCACCGCUCUAACGUCCACCACUCUCAUCGGCACGCUGCCCUCUAUGGCGGGCGCUGCCGCUCUCGUCUCCGGAAAGGCCUGUCCAACUUGCGGCCAGGACGGAUUUUUCGCGGCUGGACAGUCCACAAAUGAUACCCGACGUCGAGCGAAGGACCUCGAAGGCCAAGUCAACGCUCUGAACCUGCAAGCCAUGCAAAUGGCCGAGAAACUGGCCGCAUACGAAGAAGAGAUCCGACGACUGCGUGCGCAACCGUCCUCCCGAAACAACACAUCCGUGUCAUCCACCGCAUCGACGCAAAUCGACCGGUCCCAAUCACCUACUCACCUACAAACAUCUCCGAAAUCGCAACCGGGCCGACUUUCUACUCUUGCCUCUUUCCUCCCCUCCCGUCGACCGAGCGCUACCAGUACCACCCAGGCUCAGCCUGUUGCUUCGCCUCCACCACCGGAGCCUGUACAGCCGACAACCACCCAGGAGGAGACAGUGGAGUUACAGAAUGCGUUGACCCGGGAGCAGAGUCUACGUAAAGCCGCAGAAAGCCAGCUAUCGCAGGCGAGCACGGAGCUGGAGGAGUUGACAGCGCAGUUGUUCAGCCAGGCAAACGAGAUGGUCGCGCAGGAACGCAAGGCACGAGCUCGGCUCGAAGAGCGUGUCGCGGUACUGGAACGUCGAGAUGUCGAGAAGCGCGCUCGACUGGAGCGCUUAGAGAAAGCGAUGGCACGUGUGGAGCGGAUCCGAGCGAUGGUCGGAUAG